CAGGGGACUUGCAGUCAGAGUGACACGGCGGUGACAGCUGUCAGGCACAUGGGCAGACAUGGCGGAGCUGAGGUACCUUCUAGUUUUGUGUUUAGUUAUUCAUUGUGGACGUCACAUUCGAGCUGAAGACUGCGAUGCCAGCGAGCACGUGACGGAGCUGGAGGUGACGCACGCCAACUCGACGACCAUCGGGCUGGCCUGGAAGGACACCCACUCCACUGUGGCGUCAUGUGUGGACCGCUUCGUGGUGUCGUGGUGCCUUGUGCCGCUGCCGUGGUCUGAGGCUUGUGCUCAGCGGUCCCACCGCCUGGCCAGCAACCAUACCAGCUACGUCAUCGGCGGCUUGCAGCCCUGCUCCUACUACUGGGUGUCAGUGGCGGCGGAGCGUGGGUCGGGCGCAACCUCCAGGGCCGAGGACCUGGUCAUCACGGCACCAGUGGCGCACCAGGUGCGGCAUCUGGCAACCUCCUACCUGGGUGGGAGACAGCACGUGGCCUCCUGGGGCGUAGAGGGUGAUGACUCCUGCGUGCGGAACUACCGCGUGUGUUGGCGAGCUGAGGACGACGACCUGCCCGAACAGUGCAACGAGACCGAGUUCACCAACUACCUGUUCCCGCAGUCCUCACUGCGCGCCUGCACCAACUACACUAUCAUGGUGGCCACUCUGUCCACCGGCAACUACUACUCCCUCAACACCACCACGCACUUCGUCACAGGACCGGACAACGUCGGCAGCUGGAACAUCACCCGGGUGAGCCCCCGCGGCGUGCUGGUCGCCUGGGAGCCGUCGCCCUCCCGCUGCGCCGAGCGCUACAUGGUGAGGCGCUGCCUGGCGGAGCGCGCCGACGGCCCGUGUGGACCCGCCAGCGUCUCCGAGCUGGACCCCACCGUUGGCGAGUUGUUCGUCAACGACCUGGAGGCAUGCGCGCUCAACGUCCUGUCCAUCAGCACCUGGUCCGCUGACAGGGAGUCGCCCAUCUACCAGAGGACUGUCGAGUUCCAACUGGACGAGUUCGGACCGCCCACGGACGUGGAGGUGACCGCGGACAGCGACAAGCAGUUCACGGUGAGCUUCGGGCCGCCGAGGAACGCCAGCUUCUGCGUGCUGCGGUACGAGGGCUGCUUCCGCCCGGCGGGGGCGGCGGGGGCGGCGAGCUGCUCGGAGGCCUUCACCCCCGGGUCGUGGACCAACACUGCCGCCCCCACGCGGGCCUGCGCGAAGUACGAGGCAUGGCUCACCGCCGUCAGCCGCGACAACAGGACCUCCCACGUGUCGCUGUCCUUCUCCUCGCCGCCCGCGCCGGUGGAGCGACUGCGGCUGGCCAACGCCUCGGCGACCCCAGGGGGCGCAUCGCUGCUGGUCACCUGGCAGCUGUCACCCGACAACACCUGCGCCACGGGCCAGCUGCUGCGCUACAGCAGCCUGGACGACGAGGACCUGUGGACGCACCAGGUGGCGCUGUCCCGCGAGGCGACCAGCCACGUGGUGACCGACCUCGCGCCGUGCACUCUGCACAUCCUCCAGGUGGCGGUGCUUCCCGAGUCCCCCGUCGCCAACACCUCCACCGUCCGCUUCUUCUCCGCCAGCAACGUGACGACGGUGGCCUGGUUGCGGGUGCUCGGGACGGACGAGCGCUCGGCCAACGUGUCGUACCUGGCCGCCGAGGCGACCCCGCGCUGCGUGGCGGGCUACGAGGUGUGCUGGGAGCCGGCCGCCGGCGAGCCGCGCGCCUGCCAGACCCGCCACGGCUCCGGCGAGACCCGUGUCUACAUCGGCGGCCUGCACAACUGCAGCAUCUACCUGGUGUCGGCGACCCCGGUGGCACCCGACGGCGACCGCUACACCCCGACCGUCGUCUCGGCCACCACCGCGGGCUGCGCCGAGCUGCCUCCACGCAAUGCAGCCACCGGGGCAUCCACAAUCCUCGGGGCGAGGUUGUUCUGUCACGUGGUGUCAGCUCUGAUGGCAUUGCUGCUCCAGUGAAGAGACCAGUGUGUGGGCAAGAAGCACAAAUGUACACCUGAAGAACAAAUAAAGCUUUCAUUUGUUUUCCUCAA